AUGUCUCUGAUUGCAGGAACUUGGGAUCUCAGUGCAGCUACCCUGGGGGCAGCCGAGCAACACUUGAAAGAUGAACAUCAGGAAGAAUCCGUGUUUGAAGAUCUCAAGGAUGAUCGCAAGACAGUUCCCGUUGACGAAUUUCAGAAAGACGGUGGCAAGUACCGAUCUAUCGUCAAGCUCUUCAUGCGCUAUGCGGGCCAGGAAGAUGAUGACAAACGGUAUGCCAUGGGCACCGGCUGGUUGAUCCAGGAUGACCUUCUCGUGACAGCAGGUCAUUGUGCCUUUGAUUGGAGCCAAAAUGAUGGCAAGGGUUUUGGACGCGCCAUCGAAGUUAGGGCCUUCAUUGGCUACAAUGGCAAAGCCUCCGUAACCAAAGAUGCACUGGAGAGCAAGGCUGUCCAGUUCCGCUACGGCGCCAAAAUUGUUACCACCCAGAAAUGGUUGGAGUCCGGGAUGUACCGCCAGAAUGAUGUUUCUUUCAUCCGGCUAAACAAGCCCUUUACUGGAAUUACGCCGAUCAAGUUCCAGGAUACGCCCCUUCGAGACAACAAGACGAUUGGAGUUGUUGGAUAUCCGGGCGAUAAAGACUAUGGAGGUGAAAAGGGUGCCCAGAUGUAUGAGGAGUUCCGCCAGGUCGCCUGGGACCGCGAGAGGUCUACUGUGAACAUGUUGGAGUAUCGUAUCAACACCUACCGAGGCCAGUCCGGAUCCCCGGUCAUUGUACAAGGAGGGUCGAAUGGGUCGGCGCAGGUGUCCAUUGGAGCCCAUGUUUACGGAGGAGGUGGCAAGAACUCCGCGAGCGCAAUUGGAAAACUUGGAAACCCGUACGAGAAGUAUAUCUCUGUCUUUGAUCAAACAUUCGACAUAGUCAAGCCGCUCGUGCUCCGUGAGGGUGUCACAUACGUCGACAUGAACCCCAAGGGGGAGAGUGGCUUCGACGAGGAAGAAGACUUCUGGCAGACCAUGAAGAGUGUAAUGGAUGUUGGGGCCCCUAUUGUGGGUGAUGCUCUCAAGAUGGCGAGCCCUUUCUUCGGCCCUAUUGGAGGUCCUUUGGCUGCGCUGGCUGGCACAGCCAUUGGUGCUGCCGGGAAGAAGCUCGCUGCUAAAGGAAAUAAAACUGGAGCUGAGAGUGAGUUCGGUGACCCGAAAGAGCAGCCUAGCGUGGUCCACCAGGCUAUCAUGAACGAAGCUUGUCUUCACGCCUUCUUCCACUCCAAAGUGAAGGACCGGAAGUUCCGCGAGGAACUCAGAAAAAAGCUGAUGGUCGAAUACGGCAAACGCGCCAUAGCAGUCGAGCGAGUGUCACCGAAGGUCCUGCCAGCUGUCAUGGCCUCUGUUCUUCCACUCUCUCAAGAUAUCGUUCGGCAAACUCUAGUUACAAAAGCUGCAAAUCCCGAAACCGACCUUGGUCAGAGCGAAGUCGUCAAGCCGAUUCAGAAGCCGGAGUCGUAUGAGAGGAUGCAGGAUAGUUUCGCGAAACGCAUUAUCGACGCUCCGUAUAAGCAACCCGUUGAGGAGAGCAUUUGGGACGUUUUUGGCGCUGUCUUGUCUGCUGCAAACAAAGGCGUCAGUAUCGUUCAGAAGGGUUUAGAUGUCGCCAACACGCUGCUUCCUCCCAAGACCGAAAGUUCCUUCGAUGAGUCCACGCCACUCGAUGCAGACUUGACUGUUCUAGGCAAGAGGGCUGUGCUUGGUGCUGCAGCUGCCUCCGUCCUUCAAGACGCUUCUCUUGACAAACUCCAAGCGGAAGGCUUUUUUACCGCGAUCAAAGAAGCAGCCGCCAGAUAUGGACCCACUGUCAUCAAGUACGGUCCCGUUGUCAUCGAUGCGCUGCGACCUGUCGUUCAGGCCUACUCCGGUAGUUCCCCUAUUGAGAAACCUCAUGACCCUGAAGGUGGCGAGUCCAUGUAUGAUAUCAUAUACGGGAAGAAGAAGAAGAAUUCCUGGCAGGAGAAACUCUCCAAAGACACAUUGUACUCUAUGGAACAAAGUCAAGAUGUGACCUUGGAGCAGAAAAGCCUGCUGCAUAACCUUGAUGACCCGCUGAUGACAGAUCCAGGAUUUGUAGUUCCAGGUGAGGAUUCUACAACUCAGCUGUGA